AUGGCUACUGGAUCCGUCUCUGUAUGGUGGGAUGUUGAAGGUUGUCCCAUUCCCAGGGACCUUUCCCCAGAAGAUGUCAUUGAGAACGUCAACAGAUUCCUUGAGAUGAAAGGGAUUUACGAGGCUUGGAGCAUGAACAUCUUCAGCAGCGAUUUCCGUGUGAAUCUGGCGAGCAGCCUUGUCCCUAACGUGAAGCUCCAUCAGUAUCCUCCAGGUGAAGCAAGGAUUCACGAGGCUAUCCUCUUCUGGGCUCUAGAUGCACGUCCGCCGGCAACUGUUCUUCUCGCAGCAGGUCUAAAGCCUGACCUUUCCCGCGUUUUGAUGGGCCUGCAGCACCGGGGUUUCCGUGUUAUCCACGCUUACCCAUCAGCCGUCAGUGUUGAAUCUCCUAAAAAAUCCAGUUCCAAACCUCAAAAUAGAGCAGAUUUACCGGAGGUGGAAACUGUGGACUGGGAAUAUGUCUCCGGGGGAUUUUCGUCGCCUGACAAGCUUAGCCUGUCAAAACAUCCUUUGACCGACGUGACACCACGGAAAUUGCUCCAAUACGUCAUGCAGUCACUGGAGUACGACAAGCUCCUACCUAGCGACUUCAACGUCCAAGCACGGCUUCGCUAUGUCAUGGCCAAGCAAGGCCUCAAGGACAUCCCUGGGUGGUCGUCGUGGAAAUUUGUUGAGAGGGCUCUUGCAGCUGGGGAAAUUAGGGUCAUGUACCAUGCAGCAGAGACUUUGAAGAUAGAAGGUCCUCAGGAGCUAAGGCAGCUGGUGAUGGGGCAGCUGAUCCAUGUGGUGCAGCUCUCAGUCACCCUCCGAGGCUGGCUGAAACCUCACCCCACCAAGUGGACUCCUGUGCAAGUGACUGCUCACGAUUCUCCUCUUCUGCAACCUGGGGCCCUUCUGUUGCGAAAAUCUCUCUCAAUGGCACGAGUCUCUUCAACAAAGACCUCAGGCUACAGUGCUGCGAUUGGAGAUAACAAUGCAUGGUCUCAACCUGAAUCCAGCAGUCGACGGACGGGAGCUGAAGCCAGCAGUGUGGGAGCAAGUGCUCGUCCAGGCCGUGUUAUUGCUUCUGCCUUACCAACAAGGCUGAGCCCGGCAGCAUUUGCCGCCAUCGUUUCGAGGCCAGGCUUCCCCUUGCGAAACUUGCUGGGAAGAGAGCUGGCUGAAGUUAAGCCAGAGAGCCCUCAUGCUGGAAGUCCAAGGCUCAGACAAGGCACAGAACAUGGGGAAGAAGAGGACAUUCAAGGAGCAUGGGAGCAGGGGAGGGAGCGUGGGAGGGCGCAGCAGUGGGAGCAGAGGCAUGGCGCCAGUGGCAUGGGUGAGCGGGAGGUGCCAGUGGUGCCGGUGAAGCCAUGGGAUGAUAUUCUCAAGGUGCCUGCAUCCCCUUUUGAGGGAGCGACGGGCGAGGAGCGUAGUGCCACCUGGGAAGAAGAACGACCCAGAGGCAGCUGGAGAAGCACCCCAAGGUCAGCAGCAACAUCAGCAGCAGCAGCGGAUUUACUUGAGUCGCCUGUCAGCUCUCCUUCCCCCAUGUCAUGGCGCCGCAGGCAGAAGCUCCAGGAGUUCCGUGAAUUCGCUGCCAGGGUGCUGCUAAGCCAGCCGCAUGGGAUUCAGUUGGAUCAGCUGCAGAGGGAGUGUGCGCGGAAGAUGCCCCGAGGAUUUAACUCUGAGGCGCUGGGAUACGCAAGUCUGAGGGACGUGCUGGAGAGCAUGAAGGAUCUGGCACGGCUGGAGGCGUUCCCUGGAGGGUUUGUGCUGGUCUUCGCCUCUGAUGAGCUGAAAGGCGCGAACUUAGAGGGGUGUUCCUCGCCUCUCGCCAUGGCUGUUCCUGCAUUACCCUCCGCUGCCACAUUGGCCGCUUCCUCCGAUCCUGUGUCUGCUGCGCUUCCUUCUCCAAGUCUUGGAGUUUCCUUUCGUCCACUCUUUUCUGCUGGUGGUACUGAUGAUGCUGCACCUAGUGGCAGCACACCCAGCAGUGCUCUUCACCUGUCUGCUCCCACUACUCCACGUGCCUCACCUCCCCCUGUCCCCAAGCCACGACCUGAAGGCUAUCGCCGCUUCGACACCAGCUGGGGCGGUGAAUCCUCAUCACCGUUCUCCCCACGCUCCUCUCCACACUCCUCUUCCCUUCGCUACAGAGAGCCACCCUCGUCAGAUAGUAAAUUCGCAAAGGAGCGUGCCCUGGGGCCGUCAUUCUCAUCACCACUGAGCCCUUUCACAAGCCUGCCCUCGCCUCGUUCACUCGAUGCAUCCCCAUCUUCCCGACCCCCCGGGGCAUUCAAAGUGCAGCAGAGGGGGGCAACUGGGCUUGGAGAGGAGGAGCAGUUUGGGAGCAAGGGAGGGAACCAGCUGUGGGACGAGGGUAUGGGUUGCGGCGAAGGCAAACGUGGGGGCGUGGGUGGUGGGUUGAGGGAGGGAAGUCUUGCGUUGGGGUCUCCUUCUGGCAGCAGGUGGCGUUCUGAGGGAAGGUGGAGGGAGGUGAGGGAAGUGAGAGAAGUUCGUGAGGUGAGGGAAGUGGAAGAGGUGCAAGAAGGUGUGAGGGAUGAGGUAAUCAAGGGUAAGCAUGAAGGAUCUGGAGCUGUUCACCGUGAAGCAGGGCCUUUUAUGCGGCCAGCCUCGUUCUCCUCUGAUGCCCCAGAUCCAUCAGCCAUCUUUAAAACCCCAUCUUCUGUGUCAGAUGCAGGUGUAUCAACGCUGCGCAGCAGGGCAGUGCCACCGACGCGCCUUGAGCUUCCACUAGCAACCGUCGCAGCAGAAAACGUGACAGAAGGCAGCAAGGGUAACCUCACAGAGAGCAGCAGGUUGGCAAAAGCAACAGGGCCUGCAAAAGGCAGGGUGGCAGAUGGGGGGAAGGCCAGAGCGAGUCACAAGGCAGAGCUUAUGAGGAGUGAUCUGAGGCAACUGCUGCAGGAGGUGCUGUCGAAGCCAGGGGUCCACAAGACAGGGUACCAGCUUGCUUUCCUCAAGGGCGCUUUUCUUCAGAAGUAUGCAUACCCCCUGGAUCACACUGUGCUGGGCUAUCCCAAGCUGAAGGCACUGUUGCUGAGCAUGGAGGAUGUUGUCCAUGUCGCGGCUGCUCCUGGGGGACAUGGAGUGCUCUUUCCUGCCAAAUCUGCUAAACCUCUCCAAUCUCCUGCAGCAGCAUCGCCAUUUGCAUUGCUGCCAUCAUCAGCAUUGUCGGUAGUUUCAGCAGCAGCAGCAACAGCAGCAGCGGCGGCGGCGGCGGCAGCAGCAGCGUCAGCAUCAUCAAGGAGGGCCCACGGGAAGGCGUCAGAAGCAGGGGUGCAGACUGCUGAGGUGUCAGUGAAGGAGGUGGUGAAAGCUGCCACGCACUGGCAGGUGAAGGCGCAGCAUGGGGGCAAGGCGAAAGAGGCUGCUGCACCCUUAGCUGCAUCUACAGCAGCACCCUCCCCUACUGUACCUAUGUCAGACCCCCCGCAGGUAAGUUUCCCUGAAGACGAGCUCCCUGUGUCAGCUCUUGACCCUCAAAGCCCGGUGCAUGAGCAACCCAUGGAGGUAUCGCCUGUUGUGGAAGAGGGCACAGCAGAAGGGGAUGAAGGGUCUCCAGAGGUUGCCGCUCUCGUUUUGGCUAGUUUAGAAAGCAAGCGAGGGGAUUCUGCCCAUAUGACACCUCAUGCUGAUGAGGGUGACGUUGAUGCAAGAGAAAGGGCGAUGGAGGCUGUCUCUCCAGACACAGCAGCGCGGCUCGUCACGUGCACCAAUGCUGCCAAAUCACCCGAACCUGGCGCGCGAGAGAGCAUUCAGAGCAUGUGGGACGAAGAGCUCAGCCGCGCGAAGUGCGCCGUGCAUGGCGGAGACAGUCAGGGAAGGGACGACGGGUGCGCCCCGGCACUGACGGAGCUUGACGGAGGGCGGGCCUCCGGGGAUGCUUCGGCUGGUCGAGGUGGCAGUGUGGGAGUGCCACGUGGCGUUCAGCAGCUGUUGAACGAGGCGUUUUCGGCCAUCCCGGUCUCUUCCUUCCCGCUUUCGCCAGGCGGAGAAGUCGUCGAGAUCGCAUCUGACGCGUCCAUUCUCGAAGCCGUGCGCAUCCUGUCCGUCCAUUGCAUUCUUUCUGCUCCUGUCCGCAACGCCAGGCUAACAGGCACAGCUUCGGGGGCAGGGCCUGGUGGGGCGAGAGAGGGAGGAGGAGGAGCUGGAGGGGCAGGAUUAGGGUUAGGAUCCGACGUGGCGUGGUCUGAUCGGUACCUAGGGAUGGUAGACUACGCAGGUGUCAUGAUGUGGGUGUUGCAGCAGGCUGACCUGGCAGCUGCCACGCUGGCAGCAGGCACCGCAACGAUGACAGGUGUCGGCGUGGGAGCGGUGGGGGCGCUAGGAGCAGCAGCAUUGGGGGUGGGAGGUGCACCGCUGGCAGUGACUGGCGUGGCAGCAGCAGCGGUGGGCGCAGCGGUGGCAGGGGGGGUUGAGAGAGAGGAGGAACCGUUUAAGUCAGCUACCGUGGCUGACAUCACACGCAGCUACCGCUGGGCGCCAUUCCUCCCGCUGCAGCCCACCGACUCAAUGCUCACGCUGCUGCUGCUGCUCUCACGCUUCCGCAUGCGCUCUGUGCCAGUUGUCGCCCUCGGAUUGGCCCCUCCGGCCCCUCGCCUGCACAACCUGAUCACACAGUCAGCCGUGGUUCGUGGCCUUGCCAGGUGUCGUGGGUUUGACUGGUUCGAUGUGAUUGCAGACAAGCCUCUUAUGACUCUUGGCCUGCCACUUGUGGGGGAGGAGGAGGUGGUGUCAGUGGAUGCGGGUGCAUUGGUGCUGGAGGCGUUUCUUCUCAUGAAGGAGAAAGGGGCGGGGGGCGUGCCGGUAACCGACGGUCCAGAUCGCAUCCUGUAUGCCAACAUCAGUGCAAGGGACGUGGGACUUCUCCUUCUGCACCCAGACAUGUUCCACUCUAGGAGUCCCAGUCACACCACACCCUUGAGAACAUUUUCCCUCCGUCCACUCUCCCCCAGCCCUCACUCUGCUCUCCCACCGCUUUGGAGAGCUCUCAAGCACCACCAUAAUUCUCCCUCCUUCCCUCUCCCCCACCCUCCCCCCCCCUACCCUCCUUCCCCCUACCCUCCCAUUCCCAGCCACUUGACCGUGCGGGACUUUGUCGAUCGCUGCCUUGCCCUGCAAGCAGCCGACCUGCAUGUCCCACCUGCUUCCUCCCUCACAGCCAACGUCCCUGCCACCACCAACACCACUCCCACCCCUACGGAUGCCACAGCGGAUGUCAGCAGCACCAGCAUUACCUCCACCAUACCACCUGCCAGCACCGCCGGGGGCGCCAUUGGCAAAGCGGGCAGCAAUGCCAGUGACAGUGCCAGCAGCGACUGCUAUGGUUUAGUGGGGUCGAUGCGGCCAGCUGUUUCCUGCCGGCGCACAGACAGUCUGGUGUCAGUGAUAGAGACGCUGGCAGGGAAGGGCAUUCACCGAGUGUAUGUUACCGACGACCAUGACCGGCUGCAGGGCGUGGUUACGUUACGUGAUAUUAUUUCGAGGUUUGUUAAGGAGCCGGAAGGGUAUUUUGAUAACUUCCUUGGCGAUAUGGCCCGAGCCUGGGAGUAA